GUUCUUAUAAACACAUUCUCCAUAAGAGAAUCAUACGUUGAUUUCCCUCUCUCUAUUAGUUUAGCUCUCAGCCUCCUUUCAUAUGAUGUUUUGAUGUGGCUAUAUAGGUAUAGAACCUAAUUGGUCAGGCCAUAGACAUCUUUUGCACGGGUUGUAUUUGAUCCAGGAGCUGAACGACAUUGAAGAUAACUGUAACCAUGGCUGACACUUCUAAAAUGGGACUCGAAAAAUCGGAUGUAGAGAACUCGGAGGACGAGAGGAAAAGGAGGCUCGGUUCUCUUACGAAGAAGGCAAUUAUUACUUCGAGCAAGGUUAGACAUUCCAUUAUAAAGAAGUCGAGGAGACAUAGUCGAGUUAUGUCCAUAGUUAGCAUAGAAGAUGUCCUCGAUGCCGAAGAGUUACAGGCUGUCGAUGCGUUCCGCCAAGCACUCCUAUUAGAUGAGCUACUGCCUGCUAAACAUGAUGAUAAUCAUAUGAUGCUAAGGUUUCUAAGAGCCAGGAAAUUUGAUAUUGAGAAAUCAAAGCAAAUGUGGGCUGAUAUGCUUCAAUGGAGGAAGGAUUUCGGGGCUGACAUGAUCAUGGAUGAUUUUGAUUUCAAGGAAUAUGGUGAAGUGGUUAAGUACUAUCCACAAGGAUAUCACGGAGUUGAUAAAGACGGACGACCGGUUUAUAUCGAAAGACUGGGUCAGGUUGACGCUAACAAGCUAACUCAAGUGACCACAACUGAACGAUAUUUGCAGUAUCAUGUAAAGGAGUUUGAGAAGACCUUUUCCAUCAAGUUUCCUGCUGCAUCAAUUGUAGCUAAAAAACACAUUGAUCAAAGCACCACCAUAUUGGAUGUUGAAGGAGUGGGUCUUAAAAGCUUCAACAAGACUGCAAGGGAGCUCCUACAACGACUUCAGAAGAUCGACGGUGAUAAUUACCCCGAGACCCUGAACAGGAUGUUCAUCAUCAAUGCUGGCUCAGGAUUUAGGCUCUUAUGGAGCACAGUUAAAUCUUUCCUUGACCCAAAGACCACUUCAAAAAUUCAUGUUUUGGGCAACAAAUACCAGAGCAAAUUGCUUGAAGUAAUUGAUGCUAAUGAACUACCGGCGUUUUUUGGCGGGAACUGUACUUGCACGGAUAAAGGCGGAUGCAUGCUGUCCGACAAGGGUCCAUGGAACGAUCCGGAAAUACUAAAAAGGGUUCAAAAUGGUGAGGCCAAGUGCACAGGGAGAAAUAUGUCGAGCUUUGAGGACAAAGCAUGCCUAGAGACGAGCCAUUCCUUCGAUGCAGAAAAAGUGACUACGAGGCUUGCAGAGAAGGAUAGUUUAUCUCCUGUUGCUGAAUCUCCCAUCAAUAAAAAGUUCCAGGGUUCCCUUUCCUAUGACAAGUUUAUUCCAAUGGUUGACAAGACCAUGGAUGCUUCAUGGCCUAAAUCAAUGGCAUAUGAAAAAUUUUCCAAUUCCGAAGAUGGUUACCAUAUGAAGGAUGAAGUGAAGGUUACCAAAAGAAUGACCAACAAAGUUUUCGGAGGAAUCAUGGGAUUCAUUACGGGACUCAUAACCAUGAUUCGCUUGUCCCGCAACAUGCCGAAGAAACUACUUGAAGCAAACACGUACGAUGGUCAAGUUUACUAUGCUGACCCAAAGACCGCACGCCAUGCUCCUCCUCUGCCACCGCCUAUCACUAGUGCCGACUACUUUUCCAUGAUGGAACGCAUGGCUGACCUGGAAGGCAAGGUGAGUGUUCUCAUGGGGAAACCGGCAACCAUGCCACCCGAGAAAGAGGAGUUGCUGAAUGCUGCUUUAAGCAGGGUCUGCACCCUCGAAGAAGAGAUAUCUGCAGCUAGGAAGGAGCUUGAAGAAGCCCUUUUUAAGCAGCAGGAACUUCAAACCUACAUCGAUAAAAAGGCCAAGAAGAAGAAGUUUAACCCAUUCCGCCGGUAAACUGACUAAUCGUGAUCAAUCUCCGACGUCGUUGGUGGCUUGGUUAUAUUCAGCCCCACAGAUGAAUUCAGACUACAAACCUUGGAGAUUUGGCAUUUCCCUUGCACUGUCGUGUAUAUUUUUAACCACUAUUGCGUAUAAAUUUAGAGAAAUGGUCUUCGUCAGUCCUGGUUGUGAUGUUCUGCAAAAUGUUCUAUAUACAUUUAUA